GGUGGCUGCAGAAUACUACUUGUGCUCGCCACUGCACCAGUGUCAGGAAUUGGCUCAGCACAGUGGUGCUGGGGCUCACCUGCCUUGUGGGCUGCAGUACCAGUGCUGGCCAGCAGGGUGCUCUCAGCAGCCAGAAUCUCACUCCUGCAAUCAAGCCAUCACCUGAGGCUGAUUGCAGGAGGUGUAUUUAAGCAAUGGCCAGGCCUGCAGUCAGUGCCUUGGUGUUUGUUUCCCAUGAGCCCCUGUACCUGGUCCUGUCGUCUGCCUACCUGUUUCCCCUGCUUGACUCUGACACUGAUCUCCGAACUCUGCCUGCACUGACCUCAGCUAUUCCUGACCUUUCUCCUGCCUGCUCCGUUUGUUCCUUGUCUGCCCAAUUGUUCCUGACCCG